GAUGCAACCUCUGAUGCAACCUCUGAUGCAACCUCUUUUCCACAUGCCCAACAGUCCAAGUCAAUAAUCUGGUCCCAAACAAUUCACAUCACCAUGAAGACUGUUUUGCAAUCGGCAGCCGGCGCCUUGGUGGCCGCCAACCUCGCCGCGGCUGCCGCAGUCGGGGCUGCAUCUUCGGCGCCGCCCACGGUGGUCAUGCCGCUGCACCUGACGUACGGCAACAACCACAAGAUGGCCACCAGCCUGUCGGUGCCGUACAGCGACCACAACCAGACCAUCGACGUGGUGUACGACCUGGGCAGCCCCGACUUUUUCGUGUUUGGGCCCGACUCCACCAUGAACUGGGGCUGCCGGUUCCUGGCCUGCCAGGGCCCCUGCAACGCGUCGGUGCCCGAGGACGGCACCUACGACCCGUCGCGCUCCAAGACGGCGUCGGCGCUCUACCCCUUCACGGCCGAGUACGCGUACGGCGGCAGCCUCAACAAGUGGUACAAGGCCAGCUACCGCUACAACGACACCCUGACCUUUGUCGACGCCGUCACCGGCCUGUCGUCGGGCCCCAUCGAGGGCGUCAGCGUCGCCAUGCCCCAGUACCUGCAGCAGCGCGUCUGGGAGGCCGACGGCUCGUGCGGCGCCACCCCGCUCUACGACUACUCCAUCCUCGGCGUCGCCCCCUACCACCCCGCCGACCCGGCCAACAACGUCCAGGCCACCCAGGGCCCCUCGUUCCGCCAGAACCUGCUCGAGCAGGGCAAGCUCUCGGCCCCCGUGCAGUCCCUGUGGUUCGAGAAGCCGCCCGCCGCCGUCAAGGACACGUACACGGGCGUCGGGCUGCUGGGCGGCAUCGACACCUCAAAGUACGACGGCCCGCUGGUCAGGAUCCCCCGGCGGACCCACGCCGACGGGCUGCCCUACAGCUUCAACGAGUACUACACCCACGCGGCCAACCUCUCGGUGGACGGCGUGCCCAUCGCCAUGGCCCACGACGACCCGGCCGUCGACAUGAAGCGGUGCAUCAUCGACUCGGGCGCCGUGGCCGACGGGCACAACCCGGUCGACGAGCAGGCCUACUUCAACGCCACCGGCCUGCGCCUGAACCCGAGCCACCCCGUCCCCUACCAGGGCAGCCCGCUGUCGUGGCCCGGCCCCUGCGACAGCAUCCCCGCCGACAAGCACAUCGAGUACAGCUUCGCCGGCGCCAGGGACGGCGAGUCCGUCUCGGUCAAGGUGCCCAUGCGCUCCUACGUCCGCUACCAGGACCCCGCCGACGACGCCCGCGGCUGGUGCACCAUGGCCAUCACCCUCAACGUCUGCGGGCUCAACUCGCCCUUCCUGACCGCCGCCUACUUUGCUGCCGACGACGAGCGCGAGGAGAUGGCCAUUGCGCAGGGUGCCGUUGUCGAGCGGGGGACCCCCGUCGAUCAGGCGAGCGUCGUCUUGAGGAUUCCUUGAGUCGCAUGUAUUUUAGCUAAAAAAGAAAAAAAGACGAAUGGGUCGAGUAGAAAUUAAUGUAAUGACAUGACUGUAUCAUUUGUGGGCAUCAAAUGAAAAAGCAUGACGAGUGAUUUGCACGAUGAGCGUGAAAUCUUUGAC